AUGGAUUCUGUAACGAAGAAAACGAGGCAAGAUGGAUCAGAAGUUACAGAAAGACUUAUUACAGAGACAGUAACGACAAGGCUGACUUCCUUACCACCCAAAGGAGGGAGCAGCAGUGGGCUCAAAACAUCAUCCCACACUGGAGGGAGCGGAGUGGAAAAGAGGUCUUACGCUCACGGCAGCAGCUAUGUGACUUCAAGUGGAAGUGGUAGACUGAAUUCAUCAUCGUCAUCUGGCUACAGACAAGCACAGUCUCCCAGCUCAACUCUCACCAAGUCACCUGGUUCAACGUUUGAAAGAAAAACAUAUGUCAGCCGCCAUGCAACGUAUGAAGGGAGCUCCAGUGCUAACUCUUCUCCAGAGUUCCCCAGAAAAGAAUUCGCAUCUGCUUCCACACGAGGGAGAAGCCAAAGUCGAGAGAGUGAAAUACGAGUCCGGCUUCAGAGUGCCUCUCCCUCCGGCAGAUGGACAGAGUUGGAUGAUGUAAAACGUUUGCUGAAAGGAAGUCGAUCAGCCAGCUGCAGCCCUACUCGAUCUCCAUCAAGUACUCUCCCGAUACCGAAAAAAGCUGUGGUGGAAACAAAGAUGGUUACGGAGAGCUCUCAGUCAGUGUCGGGAACAUAUGAUACAACCAUACUGAAUACUGCCCUCCCUUCAUACACUUGGUCCUCAACUCUGCCUGCUGGGUCUUCCCUUGGUGGAUACCACAACAGCAUGGCCCAGAGCUCAUCCUUGAUCAAUGCUAUGUCUCACUCUACAGGAUCAGGUACUUUUGGUGUUCCAAAUAACCUGGCUCCCACCAAUCAUACUCUGAACACAGGCCUGAGCACUUCCUCAACAGUGUUUGGAGUUCAAAACAACCUGUCACCAAACUCUUCAACCCUGACCCAGAAUGCCUCUGCAGCCUCCACAGCAUAUGGGAUGAAGAACACUUCUCAGAGCAACACCAUGGCUAGUACUGGUGUGUCUGCCUCAGCAGGGGGAACCGUUUUGAGCUCCCAGGGGGAUGACAUUCUGCGCAAAGAUUGCAAGUUCCUGCUGCUGGAGAAAGACAAUGCCCCAGCAAAGAAGGAGAUGGAGCUCUUGAUCAUGACAAAGGAUAGUGGCAAAGUCUUUAGUGCCUCGAACACCGGGCUUAAUGGAGGAUCCUUUGCAGAAGACACAUUGAAGAAAGAGAAGCAAGGAUUUUCUUCUUCUUACGCUACAGAUACAGGCUUCAAAUCAGAUGCAAAUGGAGGACUGAAAUCAGUACCAACAAGGGACAAAGCAACAUAUGCGGAAAUACGAAAUGGUGAUGCAGGGGGUGCAAUUGGAUCAGCACCAUCUUGGUGUCCCUGUGGUUCCUGCUGUAGCUGGUGGAAAUGGCUCCUCGGUUUGCUUCUGGCCUGGUUGCUUCUCCUGGGGUUACUCUUUGGACUCAUUGCUCUGGCGGAAGAAGUGAGAAAGCUGAAAUCUCGUGUGGACGACCUGGAAAAAAUCAAUCACAGUUUCCUGGCAGUUAACCAAGGGAGUCCAAACAUAGCAAAAGACAUUUCAAGAGUAGACUAUCUUCAGGGUGUGGCACCCUCUUCAACCUUCCCUCUUGAAAAUGAAGAAUCAGUUUGGUUGAUGGUGAAGAGCAGACUGAACAAGGAAAUAGAACGAGGCUACUUCCGAGGGGAGAGAGGAGAACCUGGUAUGAAAGGUGACAUGGGAAUGCAAGGUCCUAAAGGAGAUCGAGGACUUCCUGGUGUCCCAGGCAUUCCUGGUCCAAUUGGGCACCAAGGGCCAGAAGGACCGAAAGGACAGAAAGGGAGCAUGGGUGAUCCUGGUAUGGAGGGUCCCAUGGGACAAAGAGGUCGAGAAGGGUUACCAGGACCUCGAGGAGAGCCUGGACCACCUGGAUUUGGAGAAAAAGGAGACAGAGGUGCUGUUGGUGAGCCAGGUCCUCCAGGGCCACCUGGUCCCCCAGGUUCUGCUGGCCUUAAAGGUCUGACGGGUUCUCCAGGACCCCAAGGCCCUCCAGGUCCUCCUGGCCUACAAGGAUUUAGAGGAGAAGCAGGUCUCCCAGGUGCUAAAGGUGAGAAAGGAGCUGCUGGAGCACCUGGACCCAAAGGUGACCAGGGUGAGAAAGGUUCUCGUGGAAUGACAGGUGAACAAGGCUCAAGAGGUAUACCUGGUCCUCCAGGAGAGCCAGGGGCCAAAGGACCACCAGGACAAGCUGGCCGUGAUGGGAAGCCAGGUGAAAAAGGUGAACCAGGUCUUAUGGGAAUGCCAGGAGCCCGAGGCCCUCCAGGACCUUCUGGAGAUGCAGGAGAGCCAGGUCUCACAGGACCCCAAGGACCUCCAGGACUUCCAGGGAACCCCGGCAGACCAGGGACUAAAGGGGAACCUGGAGCUCCAGGCAAAGUCAUCAGUGCUGAGGGUUCAUCGACUGUUGCUCUCCCAGGACCCCCUGGCCCACCUGGCCCACCUGGCCCCACUGGACCCCCCGGUGUUCCAGGUCCUGUUGGGCCAGCUGGUCUCCCUGGACAGCAAGGUCCACGGGGUGAGAAGGGAUCCCCAGGUGAAGCUGUGGUAGAAACUAUCAGGACAGAAGUCUCAUCACUGGCAUCUCAGAUGAUGGCAGAUUUACAAGGGCGAGCAGGACCACCAGGUCCCCCUGGACCACCAGGUGAAUCUGUGCAGGGACCCCCUGGACCUCGUGGCCCACCAGAGGGAUUGCCAGGACCUCCAGGCCCACCAGGGAGACCAGGAUCUUCUAUGUCCACCUCAGAAACAUUCCUCUCAGGCCCACCGGGUCCACCAGGUCCACCAGGCCCGAAGGGAGACCAAGGUGAACCAGGUCCACGAGGAUUCACAGGAGAACCAGGUGAACCUGGCCUUCCAGGAUUCUCCUCCCAUGGUGGUACAGUCACCAUGCAGGGACCUCCAGGCCCACCAGGCCCGCCAGGACCCAAAGGUGAUGCAGGUGUCCCAGGCGCUCCUGGCAUCCCAGGAGCAUCUCGAGGUGGAUCCAGACAAAUUCAGGGACCCCCAGGUCCUCCUGGCCCACCUGGUCCUCCUGGCCCAGGUGGAAGUUCAUCUCAAGAGAUCCAGCAGUAUGUCACUGACUACCUGAAAAGUGACAACGUAAGGCGUUAUUUGACCGGUGCCCAAGGCCCACCAGGCCCUCAAGGCCCACCAGGCCCUCCAGGCCCACCCGGGAUCAUCACCACUGCAGAUGGGAAUAGCUUGGAUUAUGCAGAGCUGGCUACCCGGGUUAUGAGCUAUAUGACAAGCUCUUCAGAUCGUUAUCAGUCAUAUGUCAGUUCAGUCUCAACUACAUCAGUUUUGUAUCAAGAACUUUUGGACAUGCUGCAGAGAGAAGAGAUUCGUCAGUAUCUGAUUGGACCCCAGGGCCCACCGGGGCCUCCCGGACCAGGAGGAGAUGGAGUGUCUCUGUCACUGGAUUAUGAUGAGUUGACCAGACGGUUUAUCAGCUAUUUGUCAAGUUCUGGGAUGAGCAUUGGGCUCCCUGGACCACCUGGGCCUCCGGGGACACCUGGCAUGUCGUACAGUGACCUAGCAGCAUACCUGCGAAACUCCGAAUUCAGUGGUCUUGUUGGUCCCCCUGGGCCUCCAGGGCCUCCAGGGAUCCCUGGAUCACCCGGCGCCUCUCUGGAGGACAUCUCUGCUUACCUACAAAAUGUGGGAUACUCUUCCAUCUCCGGAGUGCAGGGCCCGCCUGGCCCACCAGGCCCUCCAGGGCCACCAGGCUUCUCGGGAACCGGGCUCCUGUCCUACGCUGACAUCACCCACAGCGACGAGUUCAGGAGCGAGCUGAUCCAGUACCUGAAGAGUGACGAAGUUCGAAGCUACAUCUCGGGGCCGCCCGGGCCCCCUGGGCCACGGGGACCACCAGGACCCAAAGGAGAUAGUGGUUUGGUGGCUGGGUCUCUGGCGUCGGUGUACGGCGAGUCGCUGGCUUCUGAGCACUCGCACGGAGGAUCCCUUGGUGCUGAGGGCUCCCACGGAGCGUCACUGGGCACAGGCAGCUCCUACGGCAGCUCCAUGAGCAGCAUGUCAUCGUACAGCGCUUCCAUGGGCAGCGAGGGCUCUUACGGUGCCUCCAUGGGUAGUGAUGGCUCUUUUGAUGGCUUGCUGGCAGCUGAGGAGUCCCACAGGAGAUCAGCAGGUUCAGGCAGAUCUUACAGCAACUCCUUCUCUGGAUCCCUGGAUUACAACGAGCUGGCACGCCACGUGUCAGAGAACCUGCAGAGCCGAGGUAUCCUCCAGGACCUGAUGUCUUACACUGGACAAGGGCCACCAGGUCCCCCAGGUCCUCCUGGUCCUCCUGGAAUCAGCAGGGUCUUUGCAGCCUAUGGCAAUGUCACUGAGGACCUUAUGGACUUCUUCAGAGCACAUGGAACUGUCCAGGGGCCACCUGGUGAGAAGGGCGAGCGGGGUUACCCCGGACCCAAAGGUGACCCUGGACCGAUGGGCCCGCCAGGACGCCAUGGGCAAAGGGGACCCAAAGGAGAGAAAGGCGAGAAAGGUGAACAAGUGUACGUUGGCAGAAGAAAAAGAAGAAGUGUUGGGGUUUAAGGAACGAGCCGACUCAGUUCUGCACUGGGCAGCAUUCCUAGCAGCCCACAGAGAAUCUGUGUGGAUCUUCACUGCCUUACUGCUAACAUGUCCUUGCCAGUAAGCUAACUACUUAGACUCGAUAGUUCGGUGUUGCUGCUGAGGUUUGAAUGGCUCUGUUACGUGUCCAGCACGGCCCUGAUGUGGGUGUUUGCUCCUGUUGCGAAUGUGUGCCUUAGUGCCCCGACUUCCCAGGUGUGUGCGUCUGGGGGCUGACCAGGGCUCCCCGGCCCAGCCAGCCCAGGCUUCUUGUGUUACUCCCGGCUAUGUAAAAAAAACUAUCAUUGUUUUUAAUCAACUAUCCAAGUAUUCAGCAAAAAAGAAAAAAGAAGUCCUUCCCCACCAAACAACUGUUUUUUUCAGAGCUGAGACUCAGACAAAAAGUGCUGUAGGAAGCUCUGGGACAGCUUUCUGAGCGCCCCAGGACUUCUUCUCCACGUGCUCGCUGUGCCGGCCGCAGGCAGGAGGACCUGGUGAAGCCGGCCCAGACAGUGCUGAGUGGGGUCCUGGCUCAGGGGCAUCUGGGAAGGGGCGUGGAGCACUGGUCCCCCAAACACUGCCCCCCAUCAGGUGCUGAGCCCGGAGGGAGACAGGCCCGGGCUGGCUGGGCGCAGCCUUCCCCACCCAGCCGCACACAGUGCUGGUGCCUGCCCCGCUGCCCCUGUAGCACUUUCAGACCCCUGGCGUCAGCACCUGCUGUCACCCCGGCCUGUGACCUGCUUUAAAAAGUGAUUCCCUCCCAGCCCUUCGGUUUUACAAUGUGCUGGCACUCCGUGUGCACUAACCCUGCUCCUGGGCCUGCUUCUUUUGACAAAUUCCCUACAGGCCAGGCACAGGCAGCACACGGGGCUCUCCCCGUGCCUCACAGGGAGCCUGGUCCUCGUGCUUUGCAGUGCCUCACAGCAGCGUGGCGGGGGGGGGGGGGGGCAUGCACAGGGACAGAACCGAAGCACUUUUGUUAAGCAAUUUGUUAACUUCUAAAAAAUAUUUUUGUAUUCUGUUUUUUAAACACUAGGAAAAAAUAACUUUUUAAUGUAAACACCCCAAUUAAAGUAUAUUUUACACCCCGCAUGUGCCUAUCAGUGUCACGUUGGGCAGGCAAUG